GUCAGCUGUCAAGUCCAAACAAUGCUCUAACUACAAAAUUUUCAAUUGAAAAAUUCAGACAAAAAGACUCAGAUUGUGUAGACGACGAUAAACAAAAACAGGAUGGAAAUCUCAACUUGCGAGUAAGUAGCAAUAAAUCAAGUAUUGAAGCGCGCUCUUUUAGACAAAUGGGCUACGAAAGCACGUCAGCGCGCGACGUUCAAAUGCCGUUCCACCAAUUCAUUAAUCAACAGGAUCCUAGACUUUUUGGUUCUUCGUUCCGCAAAAGCAAAACCUUGUCUUUUUCAGUUUGUGUCAAUAGUUGCAAAUAUACUCAAAAGGCACCACAUGAUGAUUUUUCGCUGGUUUCAGAACAAAAUAAUGGUCUUUUUAGCAGACAUAUACCUCUUUCUUACACCAUUGAGUUUCCAACAGCUGGAAGUUUGUUCACAUUAGUAAAUACAAAUACUGACUUCCAAAAGGUAACACGUCUGACCCCCGAAUCGGAGUAUUUGUACCAAAGUGGUUCGUUCGCUCAACUUCCCCUUUUCAGUGAAGAUACUCCGGUACAGCAAUUGGAUUUCAGCGGUGAUAUAUGCUCAGAAGAUCAAAGGCUGAACUCUAAAGCUAAAUGGGCCAAUAAGGCGCUUGCCGAAAUUCCUAAGGCAUUUGAUUUUAUUUAUACAAAAGGAGAAGGUGGCUCGCCCAUAGCUAAAGCAAAUGGUAGACAAGACCAGAGUUCCGAUGUCCGGGCACAUAUUUCACAUAGAGACGAAUUCAUUACAAACCAGUCGAAUCGUCCCGCUCAAAAUCACCAUCAUAGGAAACCCUCUACAACUACAAACAAGAAUUUCAACUCACCGAAUAAUUCAGUUAAAAAAAAUUACAAACUUGAUCCUCAUCUAAAUACUGAAAAAAUUUGUCCUGAUAUUUGCCCCUCUUUCGUCUUCUCGCAGUUCCAACCCUUUAUCUGCAAAGACGGCUCCGGAGCUAAGGCACUGGAGCAGUCCGAGGCCUUAAACCGUGCAUUAGCGGUGCUGGAUCUUACCAUAGCAUGUGAAACGUACAAGGCCGGCCUCAUGUAUGUCGCUCCUGGUCAAGUUCAUCUUGAGGACAUACUUGGAAACACACAUGGCUCUUCAUUUUAUAAUAGUUUUAUCCAGUUCCUAGGCGAGAUAGUUUUGUUGAAAGACAGCUGCUUCUUCACAGGUGGUUUGGACAAGACCAAAAAUCUUGACGGUAUCUAUUCUUUGCUUUGGCGGGACCACGUUUCCCAAAUUAUGUUUCACGUUACCACUUUUAUGCCCAACCUUCCAUCCGACCCCACAUUCGUCAACAAGACCCGCCAUAUCGGAAAUGACUAUAUCAUUAUAAUUUGGCACGAUUGGGAUGACGCCAAGUGUGGAAAUGACACUCUAGCAGGUCACUUCAACCUCGUCACCAUCGUCAUACAUUCCUUAAAUAAUGGGUGGUACCGAAUUUCGGUUCAGUCUAAAAAUCAGAUAUAUCAACCAGCUUCUUUUUUGUCACCCCAGCUAGUUCAUGGAGAGGAUCAAUUGGCUCAUUUUGUGAGGAUAUUAGUCAUAAACGCACAUCCGUUAUGUAAAUGGAACAUGAUGAACCAGAAGAAAAUUGACGUGGUUUCACACUAUGAAGAAAGAUUGAGACAAAUUGACCAGAUUGGCCAGCGACUUGCCGUCAAGAAUGUUGAUGACUUAGAUCAAGUAUUUUUACAUUGAAGCUGUUCCAAAAUUAAUGUAAAGUUUCAAAAUUAAUGAAAAUAUCCAGACCAACGAUUUUUUUUACAUAUAAUUUGCCUUUGAUCAAAAAUGGCCUAUAUUUUGUCGUAUCUUCUUACUCGUCUAUAACUGUUUUAAAAGCCCAUUUUAACCUGUUUUUCGAUAUUUCCACAAGAAAUCAGUUUACUGCAUCAAUCAGUUACACAUUGCAGUAAUUUGGCUUCAACCAAUUAUUCUCUCAAAGCUCUUUAAAACUUUGCCUUUUCUUUUUAUUUCUUCCUUGGUUGCGUUUUUAUUUGAUUCCAGCGUAAGUUUUAAAUUCUCUGCGAGGAAUCCAACAGCUGUUUGUCACUGCGAUAUUUUUUAAAUAAGCGCAUUUUAUCAUCUACUAUACAAAACAACGUUUUUUGCCUGAUAGAUAGGCUUGCUAUUGCUUUCUAUAAAAUGGCUUCUACUAUCUUGACUAAGGCAGUCCAGAACCUUUUCUCACUUGUAUUUUACAACGUCACUGCCUACUACUUAAACUUUGUCUUCAGAAUCAGGUAUAAAAAUUUUACUCUUAGCAGUGAGGACCGCGUCCUCUUUUGCCCUCUACCCUUGUAGCUAAAAUGGAUAUGUUCAUUCCCUCCUUCACCUCUGUAAACUAUAUGAUGCAUUUUCGCUUGACUUGCUUACACUAUGUAUCUGACAGUUGCUGUAUUUUUUAAAUGCCAAUGCGUCAGGCUUUGUGACCUUUUCCGCUAUCAGCCGUGCUAUUUUUCAAUAUUAAAAAAGUACACAACAUGAAUAUUAUCUAUAUCAGAGCCGUUUAAUUCCGUUCGGAAUCGGCCGCCUCUAUA